ACCACUUGCUACAUGCCUCUUCAAAAUGCUCCAAAAGUUCUUCACGGAAGUCACUGAGUCAAGCUCCGUGGGCUGGCAGUCCUUUCAGAAGCCAGCCAUAAUGCUUUCGACUGAGUCGUACCUUCGCUCGAUGCAGGCGGUGAUCGGAGCCACUGCAGAUGAAUGAAACUACUAAGACAUCGAACAAGCUCCACUUUUGGUUGAUGAGAAUGUGGUCGGUCUCCGCUGUCGUUCUGUUGGACGACCGUGUUUAUAGCGAUUUUUUCUUCUCGAGUAUAAAAUUGAGUAGGUGCGGCGAAGAAAAGCUCAAAGGUUUGUAU